AAUUUAGUGUGCAAAACGUCGUUUUACAAUAAACAAAUUUUUAUUUCCUUUCACAUACAGUAGUAAAAAAUGGGGAAACCAAAAAAAACCAAUGAACAAAAGCGUAAGAAGCAACAGGGCCAACGCAGUUACGGGUCCCCCUCAAAAGCAAAGCAUGGCCUACAAAAUAAUACGGCUGCGCCAGCUCAUAUGCCAGAAGCGCGAUCAGCAUUCAAAAAGUUUAAAGACAACCAAAUGAAGAAAUCACCAAAGCGAUUGCAGAACAAAAAUAAGCAUGGAGGGAAAAAAAAUUUACAAAAUCGCACCUAUAUGCAGAAGUUGCUGAGCUCUAUAAAGCGUCGCACAGGAUUAACUCCACAGCGAUCGUGUAAAACACAUAUCAAAAGGAAGUUAGACUUUCAAGCACAAGGGAAAAAACAAAAAGAGACUGUAAAUGAGCUGCCAAAACCAAAAUUUUAUCCUUCGAAGGAGUACUGCGAGAAAGUAAAUCGCCUUGAAGACACCAUUGAAGACGGAGAAAUCCUAGAAGACCAACAGGCGUCAAAUCUUAGUGAUGACGAUGAUUGCGUGAUUAUACAUACUCCUUCACUAGAAAAAAUAGUAUUAGAGGAUACCGACGAUGAUGAUGAAGUCCAACAUGAGAAGCCGAUGACAAGUAAUCAAGCUAGGGGUGUCGUCGAUAAUUUGCUGUAUCAAGACCGCAAACGCAGCAACGACAUGCUAUUUAAGCCCAAGGGAAUUAAGGGUUUGUUGUAUAACACAAUAUCAUCAAAUUGUGUCAAUUCUCCGAACUCUUUAAAAACUAACAAUAGCAAGUGCAUUGUUAUUGACGAUAAUUGUGACAAUUCAGUUAUUUUUGUUGGUGAGUGUACAGCAGCUGAUUUUAUAGCCCUUCCCCCAGAUGAUCCAAAACCGCCUCGUCGUAAAAUCGAUGUUUCAAAAAAAUUAAAAAACUCGCUUAAAAGUGAUGACAUAUAUACCACCGUCGAAAAACGUCAACUAAAUGCGUAUAAUAGCAAUACGUAUAAUCCAUCGGCUGCUGAAGAUAAGCCAGCCAGCGGAAAGCGUCCCAUCUUAAUCGAUGGGAGCAAUGUGGCUUUCGCACAUGGCUGCUCAAAUGUUUAUUCCACCGAAGGUAUUAAAUACUGCAUUGAAUAUUUUGAGAAAAUGGGCCACGAUGUGAAGGCUGUUGUGCCAAUGUUCCGCAGAAAUCCCGAGAAGUCCUCAAAUCCUGAACUUCUAGACAAAUUGCAUAAAGCGAAGAAGGUGGUGUUUACGCCCUGUAAAAAUAUACCUGGUCAAAAGUCUGCUUCCUAUGAUGAUCGCUUUAUAUUGCAACUGGCAUAUGAGAUUAACGCAGCAGUUGUGUCAAACGACAACUAUCGAGAUUUAAUAAAUGAAAGUCCAGCUUUUAAGAAAAUUAUCGAAAAUCGCGUGAUUGGCUACACAUUUUGUAAUGACAUUUUCAUAUUACCAAAGGACCCAUACGGACGUUGGGGACCUACAUUGGAUCAAAUUUUAAAAUAUUAACAAGUCAGUUAGUUAGGAUAUUCUGUAAUUUAGAUAACUCUAUUUUUCGAUUUAUCCUUUUGGAAAAAAAUUUAAGUUUAUUUAGUUCUAUUAGUUUAUUCCCGUAAACAACACUUUAUGCUUUCAAUUUUUUUUUGUUGGUUUUUUAAAAUUAAAGUUAGAUCAGCUAUA